GACUUGACAAAGUUGCGCGUGCUUCCUGGUUUGAAUCACUAUGACCUCGUCCUCAGGUACGCUGCAAAGUUCCAACAACAACACAUUUCAACUUGUCGGACCUCUGUGCUCUACAUUCCCAGUGGCACAUCCAACCAGGGAUUAAACUUUUGCGGUGUUUUUUUCCUUUGCGUGUUUCACAACUCUACCGAGAUGCAUUUAUACUUCAACUGUGGGUGAAGCUCGUGCCUACACCCGCUGUAUCAGGAAGAGUCUGUAAGAAAAGAGUCCGGCUUCUUAAGACCAGACUGAAGCAUCCACACGGCAGCGUGCUUUAUUAGCAAAGAUGUCUGAUUCAGCGUCCAGUUUUCUGCAUAUAGGGGACAUUGUCUCGCUGUAUGCAGAAGGAACUGUCAAUGGUUUUAUAAGCACACUGGGACUGGUGGAUGACCGUUGUGUUGUGGAGCCAGCUACUGGAGAUCUAGACAACCCUCCCAAAAAAUUCAGAGAUUGCCUCUUUAAGGUUUAUCCCAUGAACCGAUAUUCUGCCCAGAAACAGUUCUGGAAGGCUAAACAGGCAAAGCAUGAGAAGGAUAAGAUUGGAGAUAUGGUGCUUCUUCAGAAAUUGCAACAUGCAGCUAAUUUGGAACAAAAACAGAAUGAGGCUGAGAACAAGAAGGUUCACGGGGACGUGGUAAAUAUGGCAGCGUCAUUCAGGUAG